AUGGCGUCUGAACAAGCGCGUCCAAGGGAACCGCUUGGAAAUCAGGGUCGCGUUCCUGCGGGUUUCAGCAAUGACAAAUAUUCUCUGCUGAUUAUUAUCGGAGCGCACCGUCAACAGAGUCUUGUCGAAUAUGUCAUGUUGGAAAUUGAACGAGGUAUCCGCUCUUGGGAUAUUGACCUGACAGCAUGUAACCUGGACGAACACCUCAAACUCUUUGCCUCCCGUCACUCCAACACCGUGUCUACAGAUGUCAAAGGUCAGAGAUCACUGAAAUACACUUCAGACAUCCUGAACAUCCAUGUUAUUGUUAACCCAUCUGAGGAGCUGCUGUACUCAGAAGUUCACUGGCUGAUAUCUGAUGGAUCUCGCCACAAGUUGCUUGUGUUAACUGGACAGUCGUCAGAGGACUCGGGAGAUUUGUUGCUGCACACUGGGCAGUUCUCGCCACAUGACUUUGUCCAGAUUUUUGCUGAUGAAGAGAUAAGUCAUCUACUGACUACAGCAAGUGAGCUUGGAAAAGCAACUCUGACAGUAAGCUGCCCAAAAUCAGGGAAAUGGAAGAACUCUAUAUUGGGAAAACAGACUUUGCAAGACUGCAUUGACAUCAAAGUCAACCCCCUAAUGGUGCUGCCAAAGAUGGAGGGCCUCGAGGAGUUCACAGACUGCCUCUCCGAGUCUAUGGAGCUCUUGGCUCCGUUUGACCUGCUGGAGCCCCCAAGCACUGUGGGCUUCCUGAAGCUCUGUCGACCUUGCUGCUAUGUAUUCCCGGGUGGGAGAGGCGACUGUGCCUUCUUUGCUGUGAACGGUUUCAAUAUCCUGGUCAAUGGGGGAGCGGAUGCUCGGUCUUGCUUCUGGAAGCUUGUGAGGCACCUAGACCGGGUGGACUCUGUGCUUCUAACGCACGUCGGAUUGGACAGUUUACCCGGCAUGAAUAGCCUUCUGGAGAGGAAAGUGGCCGAGCAGGAGGAGAAUGCCACCGAGUUACAGAUGAAGGAGAAAUGGCUGAAGAAUCUCAUAUCACCAGAGAUUGGUGUCGUGUUCCUCAAUGCGCCAAACAGGCUGAAAAAGGUACACGGGGAACCUAAUGUGCUCAGGAGUAGUGAUCAGGUGGCUCUCACCUUACGGUACCUGGAGAAGCUCAAAAUCACACCAGAGCCGCUCUUGCGCUCAGCAGGGGCUGCAAUCGAACCAGUCAUCCUUUUCCAAAAAAUGGGAGUAGGAUGCUUGGAGCUUUAUGUUCUUAACCCAGCAAAACGCUCCAAAGAUCUAGACACAUUUAUGCAUCACUGGCCAGAGCACAGCACAAAUCCCAAAGGACAAGACAUACCACUGACUAGCCUUGUGUCGGUCUGUGCACUGCUGGUCUGGCAUCCGGCCAAUCCGCACGAGAAGAUUAUCCGAGUUCUCUUCCCUGGCUCCACACCACAGGGAAAAAUUCUGGAAGGCUUAGAGAAAAUCAAACACCUCGACUUUCUGAAGCGGCCAGUCGUGUGCCCCAGUGAUUUGGAAUCAUCAAAGAAUCCUAAGCGUGCUGAGAGCCAGGACAGCCUGAAGUCCAGCAACAAGGACUCCAGACCAGGAAGCGCACUUGUCAAAGACACUAAAGCACCACGUGGAGAUGGAAGAGGUGGAAAUCUGAAUGACAAGACCAAAGGCUCAAAUGAAAAUGAGCAUAAAGAGCCAAAAGGAGAAGAAAAGCCAAAGUCUGCUGCUGAUAGUGGUAGAAUGCGGCCGUCCAAACUAGACAAACCCACAGGCACAAGUGGCCCUGCAAAGCCUGAAAAUGGAUUGAGGAGAACACCAAGUAAGAAGGAAUCUGUCUCAGGCAGACCUAAGGUGGAUGUAAAGACCGAACCCAGAAAAGAUGGAAAGAAGGACUUGAAAAAUGAUACUGGGAAAAGUAAGAAACUGCUCGGCAAAGACACCAAGAAAGCCUCAAUGAAUCAAUCUGUUGAACCUAACAGGAGCAUCAGCCAGGCAGCCAGUGCGAAAUCAGAUGGAGAAAACCACAGCAAAGAUACUGAAAUUAAAAAAAUAAACCAUAAAUCCAGCAAAGAGCAACAAAAUCAGAUCUUGUCCGGCGGCGAUACAGACCAAUCACCUGUCUCCUCACCAGAAAACCUAUCAUCAGAGGUGCUAAAACUGAGGGAGGAAGAAGAACGCAAUGGAAGAAAAACAGAUCAAGGUCAAGCCAAUGCUUUGGCUGGAGACAUGUCUCAGGAGGUGGAAAUGGAUAGCUCAGAAAACAUCAGAUCAAAAGACAGCAAAGCCGUAGCAUCUGCUUCCUCCUCUGCAAAACCAAGCAAAACUGAACGCUGUGUUAAUCUGGACUUGACCCCAACAGAGUACACUUUACUUGAUGGUUUUCUGAAAGAGGACUCAUCAAGGAAAAACAGCCCAGAUGAUGUGUGUGUUACUCCCGAAGAAAAAACUCUCGAGUUGACCUCCCCAAGGUCUGGGCCUAACAGUGCUGGUCAUACCCCUUACCACCUGUCUCCUGAGGAGAUGUGGUCCUCUAAGAAGAAUAACAGUCUUGGGAGCAAGAUGUCAUGUAUGAAUUCAGACAGUCAGUCAAUGGACUGUAAGAACUCUGAUGCAGGUCCCAUUAAAAGUAACCAAGAGAGCACCUCAACGUCAUCUAAGGACAAACACACAAGUUUUCUGUCCCUGAGUUCUUUCAAAGACAUCGGCCCUGACAUAUCCCCCACAGUGACAACAACCACCCACUCCAUGCCGGCUGAAGUCAGCUCCCCACAAUCAACAGAAGUGGACGAGUCAUUGUCCAUGUCGUUUGAGCAGGUUCUUCCACCUGUCAGCGAGUCGAGCAACGAGGAUGACCACUCCUACUCUAACGGACAUUUUGUGGACCCUGACUUCAAAGUAGGAAUGGCCUUACCUUUAAAGAAACCCCAUGCCAUGAAGAACCAGAAUGAAGUUGCAGACGGACGGCCCCCUGCACCACCGCAAGGACUCAUAUUUGACCCGUCACAUGACGUCGACCUUUGUCUAGUGUCCCCUUGUGAAUUCAAGCACUUCAAGCCGGUUGGGAAUCAGCCGCAUCCAUUGUCUCCCAGGGUGGCCAACCCCAGCCCUCACGAAUUUUCAGAUGAUAGUGAUCAUUCUCAGGAGGUAGCUAAGCCAAAGGCACCAUCCAAUUUGGUUGGCAAGCCUCAUCCAUGUGCACAGGACACGCCGUUGACCUCUGCGAGCGAUUACUUGCCCACUGCGUCAGACUCAGACAUGCCACCGGGCACUGAAGACUGCCCAUCCAUUACAGCUGACGGACUUCUAGACUCUGACGACGAAUGUGGCUUGCCACUUCCACCUCAGAGUGCAGGCGACUGUGCGCAACAAAAUCACCUCUCCAUGAGGAUGGUGCAUCCACUUCCCCAAGACCCCCCACCUGCGCCUCUGAAAGACCUGCCCCCUCUACCACCACAGCCAGGUGCUUGCAUGCCCGACCCUGGCAGAGGGGUCAGGGUUGCAGCAGGGAAGACCAAAAGGUUACCGGCUGGAGCUACUCAGAGGACUGUGUCUGCUGCAGGACCAGGGCAGGGGGGCAAAGGGAAGACGGGGACGUCAAAUACAUCUGCGGGCAAUUUGAGGACCAGCUCUGGGUUGGAGACACAGGCUACCCCCCGUGCGUCAGGUGCCAAAAGUGCUUCACGGCCAACGUCUUCAGGCUAUAGCAUUGGCAGCAAGAUGGGAAAUAUUGCGGGUCCUGCUAUCUAUUUGGACCUGGCAUAUCUACCGUCCAGCCAUGCAGCUUCAACCAUUGAUGUGGAAUUCUUCAGCCGAUUGCGUUCUUCUUGUUACAUCGUCAGCGGGGAUGACACUCUAAAGGAGGCCAUUUUGAGGCCCAUUCUGGAUGCAAUCCUGGAUGGAAAAUCUGUCUGGCCUGAUGACAUACCGGUGACUUUGAUACCCACAUUUGAAUCCCUGACAAUUCAUGAGUGGUACCAGCAGACCCAGGAGAGACAAAGGAAGUUGGGAGUCACUGUUCUCGGCAGCAACAGCACUGUAGCCAUGCAAGAGGAGACUUUCCCUGCUUGCAAAGUAGAGUUCUGAUCAGCAGACAAAUCUAUGAGGGUCACGUGUAAUACUUAUGUAGAAGUCUGUCUCUCUUGCCCUCUUUCUCAAAUUAAACACACACACACACACACACACACACACACACACACACACACACACACACACACACACACACACACACACACACAGUCAUACUGUCCUGUAUUCCCUUUUAACACUAAACUAUAUAUCUGAGCACUUAUGUAAUGGUUAUGUUUAGAGAUGUACAACUGUGCUUGAUUGGUUUUCUAAAAAGAUAAAUCUGUGCAGUUUGAAAUGUUUAUGGUUGUUGUAACUUAAAUUUAAGUGUAAACAGACAUGUUUCACCAGAGGGUUGAAAAUGCUCUGUUCUAAAAGACUUGUACAGUACAAACACUGCAUAACACACACAGCGAAUGGUCAUUAGGGGAGUGAGAAAGUGCCUGAAUAAUUUGUAUGGAGUGAACUCCAAAGUGAUUGUAAUAAUGAAAAUCUCUUGGUAACACUAAUGUGCAUACAAUUAGAAAAAACUCCCACACCCUGACCAUUGGGCUGGAGUUUUUUCUAAUUGUCUUCUGAGUGACCCAUGGGCCAUCUCCGAUGCACCUGCCAGCUGAGGUGUGCGAGAAAAAUCUCUUGGUAACACUAAUGUGCAUGACUUCAUUGUGUUACUCCAAACAUCACUGUAUAGAUAUGUUAGAAAGGGGAACGUCUCUGGAACCUGAAUGACACAAAAAUAGUAACAAAUUAUUAUUUACGUUAUUGUUGUAAGGUAUUAAUCAAAUCUAUUCAAAAAGAACACAUUAAACCAAAUGACUUAAUUAGAUAGCUUGAAAUUUAAUGAUGCUGUGCAUAUGAACCGGUCCAGUGUUUCUUUGGAAAACUGACCAUUAGAAGUAUAUAAAUCUCCCACCUCUAGAUUAUCUUUUAAUCCAAUUUAAGAUGGUUGUAGGUGGUUUAAUCCCAAAAUGUGAUCAUAUUUGCUAAUCCAGAGUUGGUAAAUUAAUGCUACUGGGAGGGUUUUGUCUUCAGACUGUUUCAUUUUGUGCCUACUUACGUUUGGUUAAAACAUUGACAAAAUGUCAAGUAAAUCCUGUGUAUCUGUGAAACUUGUAUCUGCACAGUAUGACGCAACAGUUAUCUUGCUUUUUGUACAAUUUGAGAACCCAGGCAGAGUGGUGGUGUUGCAUUUUACAAUCAUUUAUCGCAUAGUCAUUUUUUGAAUUAGUCUAUGUAAAAUGUAUUUGAAAAAGAACAUUUCUUUUGUACUAUUUUUGGGACCAUACAUUCAAUGUAAGGUUUUAAACAUGUUUAUUAUGACACAUUAUUUGCUAUCUGGCACAUUUAAUGACUUCCCCCAUUUCCUCUGUUGAGUGUCUUUUGGCUUUUCGCUGUAGAUUUUUCUUUCUUGUGUAUCAUGCCACAUGUGUACUGUCAGCUGGGAGUUUUGCUGCCCUUGCCAUUUGUUCCUCAAACUCCAUUUCAAGCAUUGUGACGUUUUUACUCAGUAUUUGAAUGUUUCCAGAAUAACUUGAACUGAUGUAUUCUAUUAAUAUGUCGGUAGAAUUUAUUUAACUCUUACGCACUUUAAAGGCACUGUAUAGUUUCUCUUUUUUUGUUCUUAGUUAUCAAAGCUUAACGUUGACUGUAUGCCAUCAUGAGUAGAUGUUGUAGCUGAUUGGUUUCUUUUCCGUUCUACUGUAUGUCCCACUGGUUACUGUCUUACAUGUAACUUGUAAAUCAUGUGAAUUAUAUGCACACAGCUAUUAAAG